AUGUUUUUGUCCGAGUACUCUUGGCCCACUUUGCUUAAUUGCUAUCGCUCAUCCUGUUUUUUGUUUGCGUUGCUCUUCCUCGCCCGCCUUUUUAUCCACCUUUGGGAAUUGCCAUCGCUCAUCGUGUUUUUGUCCGUGUCCUCUUUGCUCACUUUAGUAAUUACCAUCGCUCACCCUGUUUUUUCGAGUCCUCUUGGCCCACCUUGCCCACUUUGGAAAUUGCCAUCGCUCAUCCUGUUUUUGUUCGACAACUCUUGGCCCACUUUAGUAAUUGCCAUCGCUCAUCGUGUUUUGUUCGAGUCCUCUUGGCCCACCUUGCUAAUUGCCAUCGUUCAUCCUGUUUUUUUUUGUGUCCUCUUGGUCCACCUUGCUAAUUGUCAUUGCUCAACCUGUUUUUGUUCGUGUCCUCUUGUCCGACUCUAUUUAUUGCCAUCGCUCAUUGUGUUUUUGUUCGUGUCCUCUUGUCCCUCUCUAUUUAUUGCCAUCGCUCAUUGUGUUUUUGUUCGUGUCCUCUUGUCCCACUCUAUUUAUUGCCAUCGCUCAUUGUGUUUUUGUUCGUGUCCUCUUGUCCCACUCUAUUUAUUGCCAUCGCUCAUUGUGUUUUUGUUCGUGUCCUCUUGUCCCUCUUUUAUUGCCAUCAUCGCUCAUUGUGUUUUUGUUCGUGUCCUCUUGUCCCUCUCUAUUUAUUGCCAUCGCUCAUUGUGUUUUUUGUUCGUGUCCCUCUUGUCCCGCUCUUUAUUUAUUGCCAUCGCUCAUUGUGUUUUUUUUCGUGUCCUCUUUGUCCCUCUUGUCCACUCUAUUUAUUGCCAUCGCUCAUUGUGUUUUGUUCGUGUCCUCUUGUCCCUCUCUAUUUAUUGCCAUCGCUCAUUGUGUUUUUGUUCGUGUCCUCUUGUCCCCUCCAUCUAUUUAUUGCCAUCGCUCAUUGUGUUUUUGUUUUAUGUCCUCUUGUCCCUCUUUAUUUAUUGCCAUCGCUCAUUGUGUUUUUUGUUCGUGUCCUCUUGUCCCUCUAUUUAUUGCCAUCGCUCAUUGUGUUUUUGUUCGUGUCCUCUUGUCCCUCUCUUUUAUUACCAUCGCUCAUUGUUUUUUGUUCGUGUCCUCUUGUCCCUCUAUUUAAUGCCAUCGCUCAUUGUGUUUUUGUUCGUGUCCUCUUGUCCCAGCAAAUAUUUUUUCUGCCCUCGCUCAAUAUCCCCAUUUUUUUUUGUUCGUGUCCUCUUGUCCCAUUCUAUUAUUGCCAUCGCUCAUUGUGUUUUUGUUCUCUAUUUAUUGCCCUCGCUCAUUGUGUUUUUUGUUCGUGUCCUCUUGUCCCCCUCCCUAUUUGUUGCCAUCUCAUUUUUGUUUUUGUUUCUGUCCUCUUGUCCCUCUCUAUUUAUUGCCAUCGCUCAUUGUGUUUUUGUUCGUGUCCUCUUGUCCCUCUAUUUCUUUCGCUCAUUAUUGCCAUCGCUCAUUGUGUUUUUGUUCGUGUCCUCUUGUCCCAAUUUAUUGCCAUCGCUCAUUGUGCUUUUUAUUUCGUGUCCUCUUGUCCCUCUAUUUUAUUGCCAUUUAUUAUUCAUUUCACGCUUGUCCCCUUUCUUUUCUUUCGCUCAUUGUGUUUUUAUUCGUGUCCUCUUGUCCCUCUAUUUAAUGCCAUCGCUCAUUGUGUUUUUUGUUCGUGUCCUCUUGUCCCUCCCAUCGCUCAUUGUGUUUUUUUCGUGUCCUCUUGUCCCCUCUUAUUUAUUGCCAUCGCUCAUUUAUUGCCAUCGCUCAUUGUGUUUUUGUUCGUGUCCUCUUGUCCCCUCCUAUUUAAUGCCAUCGCUCAUUGUGUUUUUUUGUUCGUUUCCUCUUGUCCCUCUUUCUUCGCUUUCUGUUUUGUUCAAAGUCUCUAUUUGUGUUUUUUGUUUUUUCAUCUUGUCCCUCUAUUUAUUACCAUCGCUCAUUGUGUUUUUGUUCGUGUCCUCUUGUCCCUCUCUAUUUUCCCAUGUCCUCUUGUCCCUCUGUUGUUGCCAUCGCUCAUUGUUUUUUUUCGUGUCCUCUUGUCCCUCUCUUUGUUAUUGCCAUCGCUCAUUGUGUUUUUGUUCGUGUCCUCUUGUCCCCUCCUCUAUUUAUUGCCAUCGCUCAUUGUGUUUUUUAUUUCGUGUCCUCUUGUCCCCUCUCUUUCUAUUUAUUUUAAUGCCAUCGCUCAUUGUGUUUUGUUCGUGUCCUCUUGUCCCUUUUUUUGAUUUAUUUAUUGCCAUCGCUCAUUGUGUUUUUUUGUUCGUGUCCUCUUGUCCCUCUCUAUUUAAUUGCCAUCGCUCAUUGUGUUUUGUUCGUGUCCUCUUGUCCCCUCUUUUUAUUGCCCUCGCUCAUUGUUUUUUGUCUCUCUUGUCCCUCUCUUUUAUUGCCAUCGCUCAUUGUGUUUUUUUGUUCGUGUCCUCUUGUCCCUCUAUUUAUUGCCAUCGCUCAUUGUGUUUUUGUUCGUGUCCUCUUGUCCCUCUCUAUUUAUUGCCAUCGCUCAUUGUGUUUUUUCGUGUCCUCUUGUCCCUCUCAUUUUGUUUUUUUCAUCGCUAUUGUGUUUUUUGUUCGUAUCCUCUUGUCCCAUUAUUUAUUGCCAUCGCUCAUUGUGUUUUUGUUCGUGUCCUCUUGUCCCUCUUAUUUCAUGCCAUCGCUCAUUGUGUUUUUUGUUCGUGUCCUCUUGUCCCAUCUCAUUUAUUGCCAUCGCUUUGUGUUUUUUUCAUGUUCGUGUCCCCUCUUUUAAUGCCAUCGUUUCCCUCUUGUCCCUCUAUUUAUUGCCAUCGCUCAUUGUGUUUUUUGUUCGUUUCCUCUUGUCCCUCUCUAUUUAUUGCCAUCGCUCAUUGUGUUUUUUUUCGUGUCCUCUUGUCCCCUCUAUUUAUUGCCAUCGCUCAUUUGUGUUUUUGUUCGUGUCCUCUUGUCCCUCUAUUUAUUGCCAUCGCUCAUUGUGUUUUUUUUCAUGUCCUCUUGUCCCACUCUAUUUAUUGCCAUCGCUCAUUUAUGUUUUUGUUUCGUGUCCUCUUGUCCCUCUCAUUUAUUUUAUUCGCUCAUUGUGUUUUUUUUUUUAAAUUCGUGUCCUUUGUCCCUCUCUCUAUUUAUUGCCAUCGCUCAUUGUGUUUUUUUCGUGUCCUCUUGUCCCUCUAUUUAUUGCCAUCGCUCAUUGUGUUUUUGUUCGUGUCCUCUUGUCCCUCUCUUUUAUUGCCAUCGCUCAUUGUGUUUUUGUUCGUGUCCUCUGUCCCUCUAUUUAUUGCCAUCGCUCAUUGUGUUUUUGUUCGUGUCCUCUUGUCCCCUCUAUUUAAUUGCCAUCGCUCAUUGUGUUUUUGUUCAAAUUUAAUGCCAUCGCUCAUUGUGUUUUUGUUCGUGUCCUCUUGUCCCUCUAUUUAUUGCCCUCGCUCAUCUUGUUUUUGUUCGUGUCCUCUUGUCCCACUCUAUUUAUUGCCAUCGCUCAUUGUGUUUUUGUUCGUGUCCUCUUGUCCCACUCUAUUUAUUGCCAUCGCUCAUUGUGUUUUUGUUCGUGUCCUCUUGUCCCACUCUAUUUAA